AUGUCUCUUCAUCAGUCAGAUAUCAUAUUAGACUACGCAUUCAGCAUUAAAACGGAGAGCAUCAACAAUUCUCAGGAUUGCGUUUCAGUACUUGUAGCAGCUCUGCAGGAGCUCCAAAAUGGAAUAAAUACCAUAAUAUCUCAUCAUUCACAAAAGUCAGAGCAGGAGGACUGCUGGCCAAAAGAUGUUAUUUCGCCGCUCAACGAGGUGCCACCUGAGGUCCUCAAUGACCCCUUCCAAGAAGUGAGUGACGCAACACCUUCCUUUGACAAUUUUGUGAGUGAAGAAACUCAGCAGCAACUGGAAUCGGGCCUCCUUGUUCGCUGGGAUGACAAGCAAGUGUGUGAGGAGUCUGGAAUCGUCAUCAAAAGCUUGGAGGACAAAAACACUGUAACCCUUGAAGUUCUCAACUCGGUGUUUGAAAAUGCCAGUGAGAAAAGCUGGAGCGGAAGUGAAAGCAACGCUGAGAAAUUCAUUGUAGAAAAUGAGGGUUCAUAUGAAUGUCAAAACUGCAAUGAGAGUUUUUCCAACUCUUCGAAACUUGAGUCGCACAGAGUUAAGCAUCACGCUCUUCCAUCAUCUUGUGACUUGUGUGGAAAAUCCUUCUCCUCUGUUUCGGCGCUUCAAGUGCACUGCAAAAAUGAACAUGAAGGCGCCGGCUGUUUUGCAUGCCCAACGUGCAAAAAGCGCUUCAUGCUCCGGCUCAGCUACGAAAGGCACUUGAAAUCCCACAAUCCUUCGCUAACUGCAGUUUGUGAGAUAUGUGGCAAAGCAUUUAAGAGAGCCGAUUACAUGAAGCGCCACUACAUGAUGCACUCCAAAAAGAGGCCACACUCAUGUGAUGUGUGCGAAAAGACUUUCAGUAGUCCUUCUUCCCUUAAAAUUCACAAGACGCAAGUCCACGAGCAACUGAAAGAUCAUCCGUGCGAUAAAUGUGGAAAGAAGUUUGCCAGAAUGGACAAAUUGAAAGAGCACCUGAAACGACAUGAAAACGUUCGGAAACACGAGUGCGAGUUUUGCCACAGAAAGUACGUCGAAAAAAGAGAUUUGCGAAUACACUUGCCAAAGUGCGGCCCUGGCGCCGAACCCUUCACUAAAAAGAGCAAGAAACCCUCAGUCCAGUGA